AUGUCUGAAGUCUGUGUGAAGACAGCACCUGAGCUACCAUCGAUCAUCGUCCUCAGCGGCUCCAACCUCGGUCCAUACACCGCAUUCAAGGUGUUAAAGAAUUCCUUGUGUUGGCGGUGCUCGGCUAGCAUUCCAUCUGCUUCGCCUUCUCCGUCCACCAUGCAUUUUCAAUGCGACGGAGCUCUCGAGUCAGCGGCCGUCGAAGUUUUCGAAACUGACUUCUUCCCCAAGUCACUGCGGUCUGCCACAUGUGCAGAAAAUGUUGCAUUCUUUUCAGCCACCAUUGUGCAAGUCGUCGCAUUGUUCUCAUCAAACCAAUCGGGCAGCUUACAGUUUGCGCGCCCGAUGGUCACCUCGGCAGCAGCUGUCACCUGGUCGCGAAUGUGGUGCCACAGGUCGCCCACUGUGGCUAUGCAUUCGACAUCACACAGUCGUGCAGUCAUCGCCUUCUCUAGCUCAAUAGGUUUCGCCACA